AUGGCGCAACAACAGGAACCUUUAGACAAUUUAACGGCCGUCCUUUAUAAAAUAAACGAUUUGAGAUUAGAACAACGUCCGAUCCCUACACCCAAAGAUGACGAAUUACUUUUAGAAAUGGCUUGUGUCGGAAUAUGUGGCUCUGAUGUUAGUUAUCUGACAAAAGGUCGCAUCGGAGAUUUUGUUGUAAAAGAACCCAUGAUAUGUGGUCACGAAGCAAGAGAUAGAGUAGCCAUAGAACCUGGCGUACCUUGCAGAAAGUGUUCCUUUUGCAAAGAAGGUGAUUAUCAUUUAUGUUCGGACAUUCUUUUUUGUGCGACUCCACCCGUUCACGGUAAUCUCACACGAUUCUAUUGCCACGCUUCUGAUUUUUGUUACAAAUUACCGGAUAAUGUUACAUUAGAAGAAGGAGCUCUUCUCGAACCACUUUCUGUUGGUGUUCAUGCUUGUAGAAAAGCUUGCGUAAAUUUCGGUUCGAAAGUUUUAAUCAAUGGUGCUGGACCUAUUGGAAUAGUAACCUUGAUUGUGGCUAAAGCUUUCGGAGCAACCAAAGUUGUUAUGACAGACAUACAACAAAGUCGAUUAGAUCUUGCUAAAGAGUUUGGUGCUGACGGUGUCGUUUUAAUCGAUACGAAUUCAAAUGUCAUGGAUACUACUAAAAAAAUUAUAGAUUUGAUGGGAGAUUGUCCAGAUAAAGCAGUAGAUUGCUCCGGUGCUGAAUUUUCAGUUCUACUAUCAAUCCACGCCAUUAAACAAAAAGGAAUUAUUGUUUUGGUUGGAAUGGGUCCUUACGACAUGAAAUUACCAAUGGUUCAAGUUGUUAUUAAAGAAAUACAAAUUUUAGGAAACAUUAGAGGCUCUCUCGUCUCUUCUCUACAAUUGAAAUUAAUUAUAGUUAUUUAUUCCAUGGCGAUGAAAUUGGUAUCGUCUAAAAAAGCAGAAAAUUUAUCUAAAAUGAUAACUCAUCGUUAUAAAAUCGAACAAACGUGUGAAGCUUUUGAUACGGCAAAAACCGGAAAUGCAUUGAAAGUAAUGAUUGACUGUAGAAAAUCCUAA